AUGGGCACAUCCACUAACUCGUCGAACGGUCAUGUCUCUCCACUGCAAAAUAUUGACUUGGCAUUUGACAACAUCUCUCUCGAGGACUCAGCCCGGUCUUUGGCGUACAGAGUGCAGCCCAAGUGGCGGGACGCUCCAGGCGACAUUGUCAUCACCAAGUUCACUGAUGGGAUAACUAACACGCUCCUCAAGAUCUCGAAACACACCCCUGGCCUGACAGAGGCAGAAAUAGACACAGAGUCCGUCCUCCUGCGUGCGUAUGGCAACCACACUGAGAUCAUCAUCGACCGAGAUCGUGAAGCCAGAUCACAUGGUCUGUGUGCAGAGCGGGGGUUGGCGCCUCCGCUAUUGGCAAGAUUCAGGAAUGGCUUGUUGUACAAGUUCAUCAUCGGCCAAGUCUGUACUCCCCCAGACCUGGUCAGCGAACCCGUCUGGCGCGCAGUCGCCAGGCGUCUAGGUGAGUGGCAUGCACGGUUGCCGAUUGCGGCUGUGGUCGAGGACAAGAAGGACGUGUCAAAUGGGGUCAAUGGCCACGGGCUGAAAGAGGGCGAGCCAGACUGCUCCGAGCUUGCUUCGAGGCAGCCUGUGCCGAAUAUGUGGUCAGUGAUGCAAAAGUGGGUUCAUGCCCUUCCUAGCAACACUCCUAAACAGGAGGCUCGCAAACAGUUGCUGCAGAAAGAGUUAGACCGCUCAUUCAAGGAUCUUGACAAUGAGCGAGGUCCCGGCUCAUCUGGUUUUGUCUUCGGACACUGCGACUUGCUCAGUGCCAACGUCAUUAUGCUGCCAAAAGACCAUGCCUGUAGUGCGGAAGGUGAUUCCCUCAAGGUCUCUUUCAUCGAUUACGAAUACGCAACUCCUUGUCCCGCAGCCUUCGACAUUGCGAAUCACUUUGCAGAAUGGGGCGGGUAUGACUGUGACUACAACAUGCUACCAACCAAAUCUGUCCGUCGUCAGUUCUUGAAGGACUACCUGGAUUCGUUUGCAGCCCAUAGCGACAGGCCACUCCCCGACGACAUGCUGGACACCUUGUAUCAAGAGGUCGAUCGCUAUCGGGGCAUGCCGGGCUUCUACUGGGGUGUCUGGGCCCUGAUUCAAGCCACCAUCUCCGAGAUCGAUUUCGAUUAUGCCUCGUACGCUGAAGUCCGGUUAGGCGAGUAUUAUGCCUGGAGAGCGGAAGAAAACGGCAGCCGAAUGCAAAACAACCUCCAAAUGCCCCUUCGCGAAAGGAGGUGGGCCACGGAAUGA